CAGAGAGAGAAAAAAUCAUAUACCCAAAUUAAAAGGCAGAACACAAGUUGUUGGCCAAGCAGUACGGUCAGGUCGACUUUUUGAGGGCUUCAAACAUGCUGCAGUUGUUUUCGACAACUCUAGCAUUCAGAUAGUCGAAUGCCGUUCAUUAUAAUGUAUUUUUUGGAUAUCCGUAACGGUAACAAACUACGAAUUUACUCAUACGCAGAUCUAAUGGAACUAACAGCACUUUGCAACAAACGGGACUUCCCUCAUUCGAACAGAAAACGGUGUGCUUUAAAUCUUUCAUAAUGUGCCUGAAAAGGGUCGAGAAGGUGGCUAAAACCAGACAUGUCGGAUUAUACACGGGUUCGAAAUCACGGGUUUUGAAUCAACGAGGAAAUAAAAAGCAAAACAGAAGAAUCACUGACAAGUGAUGAACUGCAGUUUGCUUGAAAUGAAAGAAAUGGAAUGGACUCGAAUGGAAGAGAGCAAUAUUAGCAACGGUUGUUGCUAUAGUUAAAAUGCAUUACACAAUCGGACUUGAACGCACUGCGCGUGCUAAUAAAUUCCGCGUGUGACGUAACAACGUAACAGUUGCCCUGGUUUCGACGUGACGUGGAAAGAAUGGCGGCGAUGGCGGUUUCUCCUGUGCCGGUAGCAGCUUCGACUCCCUCCAAGGUCCGUAAUAAGAAGAGACCGAUAAGUCCAGGAAACAGUGGCAGUACAAGUGCGAAAAAGAAGAAAACAGGGCAGAGUGCCACAUUAGAUUCUAUCGGUGAGAAUAAAAGUGUGGCUGCAGAUUCUAGUCCAGGACAUGGAGAGUCUGCAGUAAAACCUCUGGCCUUUAAGGACCCAAAUUUUGUUCAUUCUGGCAUUGGCGGUGCAGGUGCUGGCAAGAAGAGCCGUGUCUGGAAAAAUCUGAAACAAAUUCUUGCAACAGAGAGAAUGCUACCAUGGAAACUAAACGAUCCUAACUAUUGCAGCAUAGAUGCUCUUCCUUCCUUUAAACCAGCCAAGAAGUACUCAGAUAUUUCAGGACUUCCUGCUAAUUAUACAGACCCACAAAGCAAGCUUCGGUUUAGCAGCACAAAGGAGUUUUCAUAUAUCCGGAUGCUUCCUUCAGACAUUGUGACUGGUUAUUUGGCUUUAAGGAAGGCAACAAGCAUAGUACCAUGAAAUAUUACAUGGAAUCUUUUUAAGAUAACUGAAAACAAGCUUCAUUUACAUGGAGAAAAAAAAAGACUACAGAUACCAGAAAUUUGUGAUGUUUUGGAGUUCGUGUAUGCACUGCUGAAAAUUCAAGUAACUUGUUUUGAUAACAAAGACCUUAAGUGAAUUAAUAACAGAAAUGUGAAGACACCUUUUCAAACUACAGAGCCAUGAGUGGAAAUCUUUUGGGAGUAUAAAAUAUGCUUAAUGCACGGUUCAUAUUGUAAUUUUUUCUGAAAGCCAUUUAGUUUUGAAAGCUCUUAUUAUAAGAUCUUCAAAUGGGAAAGCUUGUUUAAAAAUCUCAGCACCUGCUAGGCACAGUUGUGUUGUGAUUAGUGGCAAAAAUUCUAUUAUAUGGCCCUGUACCAAAGACUUGUUGAAGCCAAGUACACAUUCUGGAGCAAAGUCAAUGAAAUGAGAUGGUAUAAUAAAAAUG